UCUUCCACUGGACCGUAACAAAGUGCACUGUCUGACUUCCUCACGACAGCAGAAUGAAAAGGGACGAGCUAGUGGAGACGACAGUUCAGUAGGAGCUCCAAACUCAGCAGAACUCAUUGUCUCACCUGCGGUAGAGAUAGUAGCGCGCUUGUGAAAGGAUUUAUAAGUGCGCGAGUGUCGCUUUCAGGAAUAAUAGCAAUGGGAGCAUCGCAGUCUGCGCGCACUGAACAUGAAUUCAAAGAUCUGGCUGAUCGUACUGGAUUUUCUCUGGAGCAGAUUAACAACCUUAACAAGAGGUUCAGGCAACUGAGCAGUAAUAAGGAGACACUAAGUCGAGAGGACUUGGCCAGCAUUCCUGAUCUAGACAACAAUCCAAUCCGGUUGCAAAUUAUUAAUGCCUUCUUUGAUAAAAGAAACCUCAGUCAGAGUGAGGUGGGUAUCGUUCAGGAGAUCGGCUUUGAGGAAUUCCUAAUGGUGUUGACUCACUUCCAACCGGCCGCCAUGGACAUAACAGAAGACAACAGGGAGAAACUGAGGAGGACAAAACUGCGCUUUCUGUUCAACAUGCACGACACAGAUGGCAACGGCAUCAUCACUCUGGAGGAGUACAGACAGGCGGUGGAGGAGCUCCUGUCUAAGGCCGGAACAAUCGCCCCAGAGACCGUCAAGGCCAUCGCAGACGCCGCCAUGCUGGAUGUGGCGAGCACUACGAGAGGCAAAAUGGAACCUGAUGAAUUUUAUGAAGGAAUCACAUUUGAACAUUUUCUUCAGAUUCUUAAGACCCUCGAUAUUGAAACAACGAUGCAUGUUCGUUUUUUAAACUUGGACACUGCAAACAUGCGAUGUGGAAAAUGAUUCUCUUCCUCCUUUAAAAUGUAGCAUUAUGUUACAGAGGAUUUUAGCAGAAUUAAAUCUCCUCUGGCAUGAGGCCAAAUUGCUUUUUUACAUUUCUAUGCUCAGGGGUGUCAAACAUACUACAGGUCUAAUCCAGAAUGGUUUGAGAAAAUAUUAAUUAUAUGCAACAAAUAUAAUGGAGGUAUUGCUGUUUUGGGCAUAUUUUGACCACAAGGAUAUUGCAUUUUCACUGCAACCCACUGGACCUUGUUCGAGACUGUAUGCGACCCGAAGUCAACACCACUGCACUAACGUUUUGAGUACUGGGAAAUAAUCUCAAUACACUGCGGUACAUGUUAUGCAAAUGCUCAGUAUUGUCUACCAUCGCAUAAACCGCAUGUUGGCCAUGUUUAAAGCCCUGUCCCAGAUAUAACUGCAUCCAUAUCAGGGCAGUGUGAUGUCUUUUCUGUAUUUCAUGAUUGUCUGACUGUGUCUGUGUAUUAACAUGUUGUUUGGCAAAUGUAAACAGACAUACUUUCCAUUGCUUUGAAGACUACCUUUGUACACCCCCCUCCUUGCUGACCCAUCUGUCUAAACAGCACAGCCAUUUUGAAUACCUAGCGGUUCACACAACCUGGUAUGUGGACCACUGUUGGCAGGCAGGAGUCAGUUAUUCUGGCCCAGUGGGGCAGUGAGAUCCUACAGGGCGAGAAUUUACUCAUUCACUAAGCUUCAUUAUUCAUAUGUCCUCUUGGGGGAGUCCCACCCUUCUAACCUCUUAAAACUAAAGCAGAACCUCCUGUUUUUACUACUUGUGUUGAUUGCAUUUAUUAAUAUCUUCAUAGAUGGACAUUGUGCCUUAUGUCAAAAUAAGCUGUAAUACCCUUUGCACUAAUUUAUACAAAUAUUUGAAUCCUUAUUUUAAAAUAAAGACAUUAU